AUGAGCCCUUCUUGGACACACUUGGUGCGCUUCGUCGCUGAAGAAGACAAUGAAAUACACCUAGGCCAGGUUGACGCCAGCCAAUAUCCUGAUGUCGGACUAGCGACACUGGAAGGCCGAAAGGUCAAAGCCAAGGUUGUGAUCGGAGAUGUAUUUGACGGGCGUGUCACGGAGGAUGUCUUACACAUCAAACAUACUCUCAAAACCCUCCAGCUCCUAUCGCCCGUCACCGCCGAUCAGGUACUAAUCAUCCGAUGCAUGGGACUCAACUACCGCGACCACGCCAAGGAGGCCAAUAUGCCCAUCCCCGAGGUCCCGGUCCUCUUCAUCAAGCCUCGGACGGCAUUAACGGGUCCGUACCCAUCCACGAUCAACAUCCCCAAGGUUUCUCAGGACGGGUCGAGCGACUACGAGGCCGAGCUUUCUCUGGUUCUCUCAAAGUCUGGCCGUGAUAUUCCAGAGGAAGAGGCUAUGGAUUACGUGCUCGGGUAUACUUGUAGCAACGACGUCAGCGCCCGGAAGCAGCAAUUUAAGAACAGCCAGUGGUGCUUUUCGAAAGGGCCUGUUCUGGUCGCGAAAUCUGCCAUUAAAGACCCCCAUUUUCUACGGAUCAAAGCCAUAUACAACGAUCAGGUCGUCCAGGACUCCAACACGAAGGAAAUGAUCUUUACCAUCCCACAGAUGAUUUCGUUCCUGUCACAGGGUACGACUUUGGAGAAGGGCACGAUUAUCAUGACGGGCACUGGUCCUGGUAUUGGUGUGAUGAGGGACCCGCCCAUCACGCUCAAUGACGGGGAUGACAUGAGAAUUGAGAUUUCUGAAAUUGGCACUCUUGUCAACCGUGUUCGGUACGAAUGA